GCAGCCGCUAGCAGCAGUCAGCACAAGGCACAACACACUCACCACUCCAGCCGGCGCGAUGAGGCCCAUGAUAACGGCAGUGCUUGUCGCGCUCGUGUGCGUGACUUCCUCGAGCUCCUCCCAGGCGGUCCAGCGUCGUGAGGCGGCUCUCGACAGCUACAGCUCCGGAGGUGGCGGUGACUACAGCGGCGGCUCCUACGGCGGAGGCGGCGGCGGUGGCGACGGCGGUGACUACGGCGGCGGCGCCAGCGGCGGUGGCGGCGACUACGGAGGCGCAGUCUCUGCUGCGUACAGCGGGGGCGGCGGCGGUGGUUUCACACCCAGUGCCAGCUUCGGCGGGGGCGGCGAUAGCUACAGCGGAGCCGCUGCCGCUGGGGGUCAAGGCGCGUACAUCGGCGGCGGCGGCGGUGACGUCGGCGGGUACGGAGGUGGAGACCUGGGCGGUGGAGACCACGCGGCCCUCGGAGGCGGCGGCUACGGCGGCGGUGCCAUCGGCGGAGGCGACAUCGGGGGCGGCGGCUACGGAGGAGGCGGUUACGGAGGCGGUUACGGAGGCGGAUACGGUGGAGGCGGCUACGGCGGCGGCGCAGCCGGUUUCGUAGCCGAGCCGCAAGUGAAGACGGAGCUGAGGCCCUACCAGGUGCCAGUGGUGAAGAUCAUCCGAGUACCCGUGGCCAAGCCGAUCCCGGUAGCCGUGCCGAAGCCCGUGGGCGUGAACGUGCCGCAGCCGGUGCCCGUGCACGUGAAGGUGCCGUUCGAGGUGAAGGUGCCGGUGACGCGCGUCUCCCGCGUCGAGGUCGAGAAGCCCAUCCCGGUACCCAUCGAGAAGCAUGUGCCCCACUACAUCGACAAGCCGUACCCCAUCACCGUCAUCAGGCACGUGCCCGUGCACGUGCCGCAGCCGUUCCCCGUGCACGUUCCCGUCUACAAGCACGUCUACCACGUACCCAAGCACCAUUAUGAAAACGUAUGUAAAAGAGUUCCACAGAGCAGCCAGUCUCCAGAGUGGCGCCGCGCGCCAGUAAAUGGGAGGAAUGUAACAAAAUUGGGUCACGGACCGCCCCGAACACACAACAUGUGGGCGGAUCUCUCAGUUCCUUACGCCCCCGACUGUAAUGCGCGGAACUUGUCGGAGACCUACAGCAGACUGAUUGGAGCGCCGGAAAUCCGCCAUAGUGUGUCUGAAAACCAGCAGCCCCUGUACAGACUUGCGGCCAGACCGACCCUGAGGAGGUGCAAGUUUGAGAAAGAAGCGGGCAGGAAUGUGCAGAUAGCCGGAGCCGGCGAGUAUCCGGUGGCGGGGUGCCCGCGGAAAGUCGGCCGCGGCUGCCCCGUGCUCUCGCCGGCUGUCCUGUCGCCGCGCCCGGUCCCCACCUGCCGGACGCAGGGUGGGGGCGCUACUUGCCGCAUGCCGCCUCUGCCUGCUCGCCCGGUGAAAGGAGCCGCCGGGCCGCCUAUAAUAGGCCAGCGCCGGCCAUCGGGCCAUCAGUCGCCCACUGUAGCUCUCCUCUGCAGCCCACAGCAUCGUUCCAGCGCCACGAUGGCCCUCCACAUGAUUUGCUUGGCGUUACUGGUGGCGAGCACGCACUGCUACCCGGCAGCGCCCAAUGAGCGCAAGGUGGAGAAGCGGGGCGUCGACGGCGGCGUCGGGGGCGGCGGCCUUGAAGGCCAAGGAGGUGGCUACGGAGGCGGCGGCUAUGGCGGCGGCGUCGGAGGCGGCUACGAUGGAGGCUAUGGGGGCGGCUACGGCGGCGGCGGCGACGGCGGACACGACGCCGGCAGCUACGAGCCAAUUCAUGAGCACGUGAACGUCUUCCACAAGAGCAUCGAGCCACCCAAGGUCAAGGUGCUCAAGAUCCCGGUGCCGCACCACAUUCCGGUGCCGGUACCACACCCCGUGGCCGUCCACGUGCCGCACCCGUACCCCGUGUACACGCGGCACGCUGAGCGCGUCGAGGUGCCGGUCAUCAAGACCAUCCACGUGCCCGUCGAGAAGCCGUACCACGUGACGGUCGAGAAGAAGGUUCCCUACCCCGUGGAGAAGCCGUACCACGUGACCGUGGAGAAGCCCAUCGCCGUGCCGGUGCCCAAGCCGUACCCCGUGCACGUGCCCGUCUACAAGCACGUGUACCACCAGAUCAAGGCCCACGGAUGGCACUGACCGCUGACUCCGCCUGCCGCUGCCGCCCACAUAAUCGCUGACUGUCAUAUGUACAUUACACUCGCUCUCUCACCUCCAAACGGACCUCGCGUCCCAUCAUCCUUCGUUGUUUUUUUAUAGUCCUUGUUAUGUUUGUACUUUUUGUUGCCCUUUUGUAAUAAAAUGAGUUACGCUUAC